CUCUGAGCGAGUCCAGCUACACAAGAGAAAAGUGGAAGACAACAACAGCCUGCACACACUGAAAGUAAGUUUGUCCAAAAAUACGACUCAGGGGAAGUUUCAGUGAAGAGGAGAAAGAGAACCAGGACUUGCUGUAGAUCAUGUUUAUAGCUUCAUUCACAAACUCGAUGGCUUCCAGAUCAGACGAGGAUCUUAACUGCUCGGUGUGUGAGAACAUCUUCUCAGACCCUGUUGUUCUGUCAUGCGGCCACAGCUUCUGUACAGACUGUUUGAAGAGCUGGUGGAGAGCAGACCCAACACACAAGUGUCCAGUUUGCAGGAGAAGAUCUUCAAGGGACGAUCCACCUCGUAACCUGGCUUUAAAGAACCUGUGUGAGUCCUUCUUACAGCAGAGAGAUCAGCGAGCUUCAGAGGAUCUCUGCAGUCUGCACUCUGAGAAACUCAGACUCUUCUGUUUGGACCAUCAGCAGCCAGUGUGUGUCGUCUGCAGAGACUCUGAAAAACACAACAAGCACAGAUUCAGACCCAUCGAUGAAGCUGCACGACAACACAAGGACAAACUUCAGGAAACUCUGGAGCUCGUAAAGAAGAAGUUAAAGGUCUGUGAAGAAGUCAAAGUGAAAUUUGACCAAACAGCAGAACACAUUAAGGCCCAGGCCCGACGCACAGAGAGGCAGAUUAAGGAGCAGUUUAAGAAGCUUCACCAGUUUCUAGCAGGAGAAGAGGAGGCCAGACUGGCUGCACUGAGGGAGGAAGAGGAGCAGAGGAGUGGGAGGAUGAAGGAGAGGAUGGAGGCUCUGAGCAGAGAGAUAGCAGCUCUUUCAGACACAGUCAGAGCCACAGAGGAGGAGCUGAGAGCUGAAGACGUCGCAUUCCUGCACAGCUACAAGGCUGCAGUAGCAAGAGUCCAGCGCUGCCCCCUGCUGGAUGAUCCACAGGUGCCCUCAGGAGCUCUGAUAGACCAGGCCAAACACCUGGGCAACCUGACCUUCAACAUCUGGAACAAGAUGAAGAACUUGGUCUCCUACACGCCUGUGAUCCUGGACCCUAACACCGCUCACCCUGAACUCAUCCUGUCUGAAGAUCUGAGCAGUGUGAGGUUUGGAGGGAGUCAGCAGCUUCCUGAUAAUCCCGAGAGGUUUAAUAAGCACAGCUACUCUGUCCUGGGCACCAAAGGCUUUAAAUCUGGAACUCACAGCUGGGACGUUGAUGUUGGAGACAGUACAGACUGGAUAAUAGGUGUGUCGGCAGAGUCUGCUCAGAGGAAGAGAAGCCCUGAGUCUGGAGUUUUGGAAAUAGGGUAUGAAAAUGGUGAGUACUUGGAAUGGGCGCCACCAGCUCCGGUGUCUUUUCUCCCAGUAAGGAGGAAGCUCCGGAGGAUCAGAGUGACUCUGGACUGGGACGGAGGGAAGCUGUCGUUCUCUGAUCUUGAUACUGACACACACAUACACACCUUCACACACACCUUCACUGAGAGGAUGUUUCCGGACAUUUCAAGUGGGGAUUACGUCCCAGUGCAGGUGUUACCGAUGAAGGUGUGUGUGACAAGACAGGCCGUUAGAAGACGGGCAGGUUUUCCCAGCAACUGAAAAUGAUUAGCAUCAGUUUGGAAUGUGAGUCCUCUGAUUAAAUCUACAGUUUCUUUAUUUGUAAAAAUCAAAGAAGAAAGAAGUUUAAAAUUUUUAUUUCAUCCAACUGGUUUAAAAGUCUAACUGUGGCUAAUUCUGAGUUAAAGACUGUAUAUUAUUGAUGUGAUGUGAAGCAUUAUGUAUUAGGCCAUCUAUCCAGCAGGGGGCAGCAGUCUAUGCCAAGUCACACAGAACUCUGUCAGCCACCACAUCUCAUUCUUCCACCCACUUGUCACCAGAGAUGGGCAGUAACGCGUUACUGCGGCACACCUGCACCAGGGUAAACGCAUUACUUGUAAUGCGUUACUGUAAUCUGAUUACUUUUUUCAAGUAACG